GGUGUGAAUGGCCGCGGGGAGCGGAGCGAGCUGGUGAUUGCGGGGCUGGGGACGGGGGGCGGCUCUCGGGGCGGCGAAGCGCUGCCUCCCGGCGUCGGGGGUGACAUGGAUCCCAACAGGAUCAUCCAGGCCCUCAAGGGCACCAUCGACCCCAAGCUGCGCAUCGCGGCCGAGAACGAGCUCAAUCAGUCGUACAAGAUCAUAAAUUUUGCUCCCAGUCUACUACAAAUCAUAGUUUCGGAUCAAGUUGAAUUUCCAGUUCGUCAAGCAGCUGCCAUUUACCUGAAGAACAUGGUGACGCAGUACUGGCCAGAUCGGGAACCACCACCAGGAGAAGCUGUAUUUCCAUUCAACAUUCAUGAAAAUGAUCGCCAGCAAAUUCGUGAUAACAUUGUGGAAGGAAUUAUUCGGUCUCCUGACUUAGUGAGGGCCCAGUUGACAAUGUGCCUCCGUGCUAUCAUUAAGCAUGACUUUCCUGGCCAUUGGACAGCAGUUGUAGACAAGAUAGGCUACUACUUGCAGUCUCAGAACAGUGGGAGCUGGCUUGGCAGCCUGCUGUGUUUGUAUCAGCUGGUGAAAACGUAUGAAUACAAGAAAGCAGAGGAGCGAGAUCCUCUCAUAGCAGCAAUGCAAAUAUUCUUGCCUCGGAUUCAGCAGCAGAUGAUCCAGCUUCUUCCUGAUAACUCCCAUUACUCUGUACUGCUUCAGAAACAGAUCUUAAAAAUCUUCUAUGCACUUGUGCAGUAUGCAUUGCCGCUCCAGUUGGUGAAUAACCAGACCAUGACUCAGUGGAUGGAGAUUUUCCGUACUAUCAUCGAUAGGAAUGUGCCUGCUGAGACAUUACAGAUUGAUGAAGAUGAUAGGCCAGAGCUGGUGUGGUGGAAAUGUAAGAAGUGGGCAUUGCAUAUCGUAGCUCGUCUUUUUGAACGGUAUGGAAGUCCUGGAAAUGUAACAAAAGAAUAUUUUGAAUUUUCAGAGUUCUUCUUAAAAACCUACGCUGUGGGAAUCCAACAGGUUCUCUUAAAAAUCUUAGACCAGUACAGGCAAAAAGAAUACAUUGCUCCUCGUGUCCUUCAGCAAAUCUUAAACUAUCUGAACCAAGGGGUCAGUCAUUCUGUAACUUGGAAGCAGAUGAAGCCACACAUACAGAGUAUAUCUGAAGAAGUGAUUUUCUCCCUAAUGUGUUAUAAAGAUGAGGAUGAAGAGCUGUGGCAAGAGGAUCCAUAUGAGUACAUUCGCAUGAAAUUUGAUGUGUUUGAGGAUUAUGCAUCCCCUACAACAGCAGCCCAGAAUCUCCUCUACACUGCAGCAAAGAAGCGAAAAGAGGUAUUACCGAAGAUGAUGGCAUUUUGCUAUCAGAUCCUCACAGAACCAAACAUUGACCCUAGAAAGAAAGACGGAGCAUUGCACGUGAUGGGAUCUCUAGCAGAUAUUUUACUGAAGAAGAGUGUAUUCAAGGAUCAAAUGGAGCUGAUGCUACAGAAUCACGUAUUUCCAUUGUUCAUGUCUAACCUGGGGUAUCUCAGAGCAAGAUCCUGUUGGGUUCUUCAUUCAUUCAGCACAUUGAAAUUCCACAAUGAACUCAACCUAAGGAAUGCAGUAGAGCUGGCAAAGAAGAGCUUGAUUGACGACAAGGAAAUGCCUGUCAAAGUAGAAGCUGCCAUAGCUCUUCAGGCCUUAAUAAGCAAUCAGGAGCAAGCAAAGGAAUAUGUAAAGCCGUACGUCAGGCCCGUUAUGCAGGAGCUGUUGCACAUCGUUAGAGAGACAGAAAAUGAUGAUCUUACUAAUGUUAUCCAGAAGAUGAUCUGUGAAUACAAUCAGGAAGUAGCUACCAUCGCUGUUGACAUGACACAACACCUGGCUGAGAUAUUUGGUAAAGUUCUUCAGAGUGAAGAAUAUGAGGAAGUGGAGGACAAGACAGUGAUGGCAAUGGGAAUCUUACACACCAUUGACACUAUUCUAACAGUUGUGGAAGAUCACAAAGAGAUAACUCAACAGUUGGAGAGCAUUUGUUUACAGAUCAUUGGCCUCGUUUUGCAGAAACACGUAAUAGAGUUUUAUGAAGAAAUUCUCUCCUUGGCAUACAGUUUGACGUGCCAGAUGAUUUCCCCCCAAAUGUGGCAGCUUUUAGGUGUUCUAUAUGAAGUUUUCCAGCAGGAUUGCUUUGAAUACUUUGCAGAUAUGAUGCCUCUCAUGCACAAUUAUGUGACCAUCGACACUGAUACUUUACUGUCUAAUCCAAAACAUUUAGAAAUCAUUUACACUAUGUGUAAAAAGGUAUUAACUGGAGAUGCAGGAGAAGAUGCAGAGUGUCAUGCAGCCAAACUUUUAGAAGUAAUUGUUCUUCAGUGCAAAGGGCGGUGUAUUGACCAGUGUAUCCCACUCUUUGUAGAAGCUGUGCUAGAGCGAUUAACUCGAGGAGUUAAAACAAGUGAGCUUCGUACUAUGUGUCUUCAGGUUGCCAUAGCUGCCCUUUACUACAAUCCUGAUCUACUUCUGCACACGUUAGAGAACAUCAGAUUUCCACACAACCCUGAGCCCAUCACAGCGCAGUUCAUAAACCAAUGGAUGAAUGACACAGAUUGUUUUCUUGGACUUCACGACAGAAAGAUGUGUAUAAUAGGACUGAGCAUCCUAAUGGAAUUGCAAAACCGACCUCCUGCGGUAGAUGCUGUGGCUGCGCAGAUUGUUCCUUCAAUCCUGCUCCUGUUUCUGGGAUUAAAACAAGUGUGUGCUACGCGAGAAUUUACGGAACAUGAAGACCAGGCUAAAGACGAAAAACACGAUGCAGAAGAUAAUGAAGAGAUCCCAAGUGAUGAAGAGGAGACAAAUGAAGUGGGUCAGGCAAUGCAAGAGAAUCAUGGAGGAGGUGGUGGUGGAGGAGAAGAUGAAGAUGAGGAUGACGACGAUGAUGACUGGGAUGAAGAUGCAUUGGAAGAAACUGCUCUAGAAGGAUUUAGCACUCCUCUUGACCUUGAAGAUGGUGUAGAUGAAUAUCAGUUUUUUACACAAGCACUGUUAACGGUUCAGAUCCGGGAUGCAGUCUGGUACCACUCACUGACAGCACCACUGAGCGAUGAUCAAAAGAAACAAUUACAGGAAAUUUACACAUUAGCAGAACACCGGCGAAGUGCUGCAGAGACUAAGACGAUAGAACAACAAAGUGGCUACACGUUUGACAACAAAGGACUGAUCACAGCAUUUAACUUUGGUGGAAAUGCUCCUGGAGGCAACUGAAGGAGAAAUUGCAAAGGACUCUGGGAAUGGCUUCAUCAUUACAUUUUAUUAUAAAACAGUCAUGACUUCUGAGUGUGUGGGGUGGGUAAUCUGAUGUUCCCGAGGGUUUCCCCUGGGAGACAGCAGUGUGGUUUCCCCACCAGCCUGCUCUUUCUAGCCAGCUACUGUAAGGGUCAAAUUCUUGUGGUGUUUUUAUAAUUUGAUGGACUGAAAAGAAAACAUCUGCCCUUAAGGAAACUGAAUGACUGGGAGGGGCUAGGUUGAAUCUAGUUGAGUUGCACUUCUCAGGUUUUUGCUGUGCAGAAUUGGUGGAUCCCUAUGGAUAACAGUGCCUUCUGUUGUAUAUGGAUUAGCUGAACAAAUGAAUUUGAGUGUAUUGUAAUUUUUUUAAGUGUAAGGAUUCUUCUAGAUGCACUGUAAGCCUUGGUUCCAUGUUUUCCUACUAUCUGUCUUUUACUACAUGACUUAGUUGUUUGUUAAUUGCAUAUACAUUGCUGGUUUCAAAAACAUCAUCUCAGCUUCCCUCCUUGGUGUAGACCUUUAUAUGUUGGGCAUUCUUUUGGAAUUAUAAAGCAUACUCUGGGGCUUUCAAAGGUUCUUAUAAAAAAAGCAGGUUUUUCCCUUGAGGCAUUGGUCACCUCAGCCUACGUCCUUGAGAUCUCUCCAUUAAAAGACAACCCACUUGAGUUGUAAUGGCACUCAUGCCCUGGCAGGUUCAGAUCAAAACAGAAACUGGUACCAAAUAAUUUUCAUCUCCAUAAGUGUGAGAGUGAUCAAUCUCUGGCCCUUGCGAGUAGAUGAGCUACAUGACCACUUGUCUCCUUUAUUGCUGAAUAUUGGGUUUUUGAUUUUGGGACCCUGUAAAUUUUUUUCCUUUAGUGAUUCAUUAUCAUUCCAGCUAUAGUACUGAAAAACGGGGGUCCAUAACAUUUUAAAGCAAUAAUUUAUCUUAGUGGAGGGGAAAGUAGCUCCAAAUCUUGCUUUUUUUAUGUCUGAAUUUCUACUCUGCAUCCCAUCUGGCUUCUAUUCCCAGUGCUGUAAUUUAGUCAUGUUUAAUUUUCCCAUGUUUAAAAGGUCAGUCUCUUAUACUCAAAUAUACACAAAUACCUAAUUGUAUGUGUGUUCGUACAGUGAAACUUGUUUUAAGCAGACACCCAGCUAAAUACUGAUAUGCACAGAAACCCCUCUUCUAUAACUAAGGGGUUAACAAAGUUAUAGUGGAAAUGAUGGGGAUAAUUAAAAUGGUUAAAUAUUUUAAAA